CGCCGUGGGCCAUGUGGGACGCCGACGGGGUGGCGGCGCUGUCCUACCGCCACUAUGAAGCGCGGCUGCCGAGGCAGGGGAAGCCCGGUGGCGGCGGGCGCGAGUGGACGGGGCUGGCGGCGGUGCUACGGGCGGAGCGAGAGGAGGACGGCGGCGCGCCUCCCGCCGUGAAGGAAGUCGUGGCCAUGGGAACCGGCACGAAGUGUAUCGGCCAGUCCGAGAUGAGGGAGACGGGGGACGUCCUCAACGAUAGUCACGCGGAGGUGGUGGCCAAGAGGAGCUUCCAGAGCUUGAAUCUAGCUAUCUGCGGAAACACUUCUCUUGUUCCUGCAGAGAUUCAGAUCCUGAGGUAUCUUCUUCACCAACUUUGGCUAGCAGCUGUAGGUCAAGAACCUAGCAUCUUCACCCCUGGAACCAAAAAGGGGAAAUGGGUUCUCAAACCACAUAUCAGCUUUGUUUUUUUCACCAGUCACACACCUUGUGGGGAUGGCUCCAUUAUCCCAGUGAUGGAAAUGAAUGUCCAGCCAUGUUUGCCCCUGCACCCAGCAAAGGUACCCAGAAUGGGCAGCAGUGACUGCAGGGCGCAAGAGACCUUUAAAAGGGAGACUGAAGAAACAGUAACUGGUUCCUCUCCCAAGAGACCAAGAAUGGAUGCUAGCGAUUCUACAAAUAAUUCAGAGCUCUCAGCUGAUCACCUUAGAGGAACACAAAUAGUGGAUCUCCAUAGAACAGGGGCCAAAUGUGUCCCAGGAGAGGCAGUUGAUUCCCAAAGGCCAGGCAUUGAAUAUCAUACCAUAGGACUUCUACGGAUCAAGCCAGGCCGUGGAGCCCAGACAACCUCCAUGUCUUGUAGUGAUAAGCUGGCACGCUGGAAUGUACUUGGCUGGCAGGGAGCACUUCUGAUGCAUUUCCUUCAGCAGCCUAUCUAUCCGUCAGCCAUGGUGGUGGGUCAGUGCCCCUACAGUCAGGAGGCUUUGCACCGGGCCAUUGUUGCAAGGUGUCAUGUUGUCUCACAUUUGCCAGAUGGUUUCCAGGUUCAAGAGUUGGAAAUUCUACAGUCUCAGCUAUGUUUCAUCCAUAGCCGUGAGGCAGUCAAGGCUGGCCACAUUCUGGGACAAGGAAAGGUAGUGUCCUGUGGUGCAGCUAUCAGCUGGAGUGCUGUCCCAGAGCACCCAUUAGAUGUCACUUCACGUGGUUUUAGACAAGGGACCUCCAAGAAAAGGAUUGGAAGCUUGACAUCCAGGUCUCGAAUUUGCAAGGUGGAACUCUUCCAUGCUUUUCUAAAGGUGGUGGCCAGCAUUCCACUGAAAAAUCUACCAGAAACUCUCACAGCCAAGAGACUGCAGACGUACUGGGAGCACAAAGAAGCUGCUGCUAUGUACCAAGAGGCCUGGAAGGAACUGCGCAACCAGGCCUUUGGUGCCUGGGUGAGAAACAGCCGCCAUUACCUGUACUUCACGUGAAGGAGGGAAGGAACCAAGUGACAGUGUCUGACUUUGAUGGUUACUUGCACAUUCCUCUGCUAUUUGACAUAACUACUGGGUCAUUUUUCAUACCACAGCUAAUACUAAGAGCAUGUCAGUGCUUUCAGCACCAUUCCUCUGAAGGUGAGGUUUUCUUCCAAAACACGUUGGGACCCAGAUUUUGGAAUAAAGUAUAUAUACGCUUUUCCUCCUGCUUGGCUGGGUGUUUAUCCUGUUUGUAUAUGGAAACGCAUGGUGGAUUUUUGUUGAGAUCCAGAACUUUUGGUGCAAAUCUUUGAGGCCACAUGCUUCCCCAUCCUGAAAAUGGGACAGAGCAACAUUCUGAAUUCGGCAAGGCUAGAAGGCAUAUACAACUCUCCUUGGUGCCUUCACCCUUCACAAUGCUGGACUGGGAGUCUCAGUUAUAUCACAAUAGCCCUCUGCCCCCUAACC